CUGCUGCUCUGCCUCCUGCACUUCAUGCUGGAGUUGUGUCCCAGCGCACAGCAAGUCCUCCGGAUCGGAGGGAUUUUUGAGACACUGGAGACCGAACCUAUAAGUGUGGAAGAACUGGCCUUCAAAUUUGCUGUCACCAAUAUCAACCGCAAUAGAACCUUAAUGCCCAACACCACACUGACCUAUGACAUUCAGAGAAUAAACUUCUUUGACAGUUUUGAAGCUUCAAGAAGAGCCUGUGACCAAUUGGCCCUCGGUGUAGCAGCGGUCUUCGGACCCUCUCACAGCUCAUCAGUCAGCGCAGUCCAGUCUAUCUGCAAUGCCCUGGAGGUUCCGCACAUCCAGACCCACUGGAAGCAUCCCACGGUGGACAACAAGGACAGCUUCUAUGUGAACCUGUACCCUGAGCACAGCUCAAUCAGCCGGGCCAUCCUGGACAUCGUGCAGUUCUACAGGUGGAAGGCUGUCACCGUGGUGUAUGAGGACAGUGCUGGCUUGAUGCGUUUGCAAGAGCUUAUCAAAGCUCCAUCGAGACACAACAUCAAGAUCAAAAUCCGUCAGCUUCCUGUGGGAAACAAAGAUGCCCGGCCCCUGCUCAAGGAAGUGAAGAAAGGAAAGGAGUUCUUUGUCAUCAUUGACUGCUCCUGGCAGACAGCAGCUGAUAUCCUUAAGCAGAUCAUGUCUAUGGGGAUGAUGACAGAGUACUACCACUUCUUCUUCACAACUCUGGACCUUUUUGCCCUCGACCUGGAACCUUAUCGCUACAGCGGUGUGAACAUGACAGGUUUCCGUCUGGUUAACACUGACAACCCACAGGUGGCCUCAGUGAUGGACAGGUGGUCCAUGGAGCGUCUGCAGGCACCACCCAAGCCUGAGACUGGACUGCUGGACGGGGUGAUGACGACGGAAGCGGCACUGAUGUAUGAUGCCGUGUACAUGGUGGCAGUGGCAUCCCAGCGCUCCAGCCAGAUGACUGUCAGCUCCCUCCAGUGUCACCGUCACAAACCUUGGCGUUUUGGUUCCCGCUUUAUGAGUCUGCUCAAGGAGGUGCAGUGGGAUGGUCUAACUGGACACAUCGUCCUGAACAAGACAGAUGGACUCCGGAAGGACUUUGACUUGGACAUAAUCAACCUUAAGGAAGACGGUUUAGGGAAGCCUCUUGCCGAAGGCACGGGUCGAAUAAAUAAAGUCUGGAAAAAGGUUGCAGUUUGGAACUCUUUAAAUGGCCUUAACCUAACUGAAACCAACAAAGAGAAGUCAACCAAUGUUACUGACUCCAUGGCAAACAGAACUCUCAUUGUCACUACUAUUCUGGAAAACCCAUAUGUCAUGUACAAGAAAUCGGACAAAGCACUGUAUGGAAACGAUCGCUUUGAGGGCUACUGUCUGGACCUCCUGAAGGAGCUGUCGAACAUCCUUGGUUUCACAUAUGAGGUGAAGCUGGUGUCUGAUGGGAAGUAUGGGGCACAGAACGACAAAGGCGAAUGGAACGGCAUGGUUCGCGAACUUAUUGACCAUAUAGCUGACCUAGCAGUGGCACCACUGACCAUCACCUACGUCAGAGAGAAGGUGAUUGACUUUUCCAAGCCCUUUAUGACAUUGGGCAUCAGCAUCUUGUAUCGCAAGCCCAAUGGCACCAACCCUGGGGUGUUCUCCUUCCUCAAUCCGCUGUCCCCUGACAUCUGGAUGUACGUCCUACUGGCUUGUUUGGGUGUCAGCUGUGUGCUCUUUGUGAUUGCCAGGUUUACUCCAUAUGAGUGGUAUAAUCCUCACCCCUGCAACCCUGAUUCGGACGUGGUGGAAAACAAUUUUACUUUACUUAAUAGUUUCUGGUUUGGAGUUGGAGCUCUCAUGCAGCAAGGAUCAGAGCUGAUGCCCAAAGCUCUCUCCACCAGAAUAGUUGGAGGGAUCUGGUGGUUUUUUACACUAAUAAUAAUAUCAUCCUACACGGCCAAUCUGGCUGCCUUCCUCACGGUUGAGAGGAUGGACUCACCGAUUGACUCUGCGGACGAUUUGGCAAAGCAGACCAAAAUCGAAUAUGGUGCCGUGAGGGAUGGAUCCACUAUGACCUUCUUCAAGAAAUCCAAAAUCUCCACAUAUGAGAAGAUGUGGGCCUUCAUGAGCGGUAGGAAAAACACGGCCCUGGUCAAAAACAACCGUGAAGGCAUUCAGAGGGUUCUUACCACGGAUUACGCGCUUCUCAUGGAGUCCACCAGCAUAGAGUACAUUAGCCAGAGGAACUGCAAUCUCACCCAGAUUGGGGGAUUGAUAGACUCCAAAGGCUAUGGUGUUGGGACUCCAAUUGGCUCACCCUACAGAGACAAGGUGACUAUCGCCAUCUUGCAGCUACAGGAGGAGGGCAAGCUGCACAUGAUGAAAGAGAAGUGGUGGCGUGGCAACGGCUGCCCUGAGGAGGACAACAAGGAGGCCAGUGCCUUGGGGGUUGAGAACAUUGGUGGCAUCUUCAUUGUACUGGCAGCUGGCUUGGUUCUCUCUGUGUUUGUGGCUAUUGGGGAGUUUGUGUACAAAUCCAGGAAAAACACGGACAUGGAGGAGUGUAUUUCUUUUAGUGCUGUAAUGGAAGAAAUCGGCAUCUCGCUUAGGUGUCACAACGCAAUAAAGAGAAAGUCGCGCACCAAGGGAAGACUAGGAAGGUCGAGCGUUUGGCUCUACCAUCCGAAACGCAUUCUGAGGAAAGAUACUAUGGCAUAG